AUGCCAGCCGCCAAAGGCAUCGUCAUAUUCUCGGGUGGCAGUGCAGCUAACAGCCUCGUCGAUGUAUUCGAGGCAGUGCGUGUCAACAAAGACUGCCCGCUAAGCUAUGUCAUCCCUAUCAGCGACAAUGGGGGCUCCUCAUCCGAGUUGAUUCGAUUCUUUGGUGGUCCUGGUAUCGGUGAUGUGCGCAGUCGACUAGUGAGAUUGAUCCCAGCCUCACCUCCUUCGCCGGAAAGGGAUGCUAUUUCGACUCUAUUCAACCACAGACUGUCCUCGACGUCGUCAAUUGAAGCGGCCGAAGAAUGGCAGGCCAUAGUCGCAGGCACGGCCGAACUGUGGCAUGGCAUUCCAUUCGCCAAGAAGGAAUUGAUUCGUGCCUUUCUGAACACGCUGAACAUGGAGCUUUUGAAGCGGUCGCGACCGCCAACUUCAACCUUUGACUUCACCUCUGCGAGCAUCGGCAACCUCUUCUUGACCGGAGCACGACUUUUCAGCGGCAGCUUUGAGUCUGCCAUCUAUUUGUUGAGCAGCAUCUGCUCCAUUCCGGACAGCGACGUCCGAGUCAUACCUAGCAUCAGCUCCAAUUUCUCUCACCAUAUCGCGGCUGGGCUUGCCAGUGGGGAGACGAUUGUGGGCCAGAACAACAUAUCUCACCCUACCACCCACACUUCGCUAGCCAUGCCUCCGGCUCAGAUAGUCGCCAAUGGUAUUCGAUCUCGCCACAGUAUUGACCAUGCAGAUGAUCUGGAUGUUGAGGAUGCUAAUAUUCCCGGUACUCUCCCCACCCUACGACAGAGAAAUAUAAAAUUCUCCAAAGAAGAAGACGAAGAUCUGCCCGCGCGUAUUGACAGGAUAUGGUACAUCAAUCCUUUCGGCCAGGAGAUGCUUCCUCCGGCUAAUCCACGAGCAUUGUCCGCCGUCAAAGAGGCGCAGGCAAUUAUCUUCUCCAUCGGGUCGCUUUACACUUCGCUUAUCCCUUCUAUUGUGCUUCGCGGUAUGGGUAAAGCCCUCCGGGCAACCUCUGCCCGUCACAAGAUCUUGAUCCUCAACGGCUGUCUCGACAGAGAGGUCGGGCCAAGCUCACAGCCAUUCUCCGCCUUUGAUUUCGUUGAGGCCAUUGCUCGAGCUGGAGAGCAGUCUCGUGAGGAGCCCUGGAAUCCUGACAGAAGCGUCCAAAAUUCCUCACAACAUACAACCCAGUCCGCAACACCGUCGCAGAUCCCUCAACAUGAGAAGUUUCUGUCACCUGACCUAGCAUCUCAGGUGGCAUACCGAGUUGCCAGUAGGAAUUCCAUCUACCGACAAUACGUCACCCACGUCAUCCAUCUCAGUGGCGAGGGAACGCCGGAGGUUGACCGCGAACAAUUGGCGUCACUUGGCAUUGACUGCCUGAAGCUGUAUGGUCGCAAGAAUGUGAAAGCAACUGGCAUGCUUUACGACAGUCAGGCGCUAUCGGAGAAAUACACUUGA